AUGGAUAUUGGAGAUAGAAGUUGGAUGUAUCUUUCAAGAUCCGCCAAUGAGUAUGAAAAUAGAGCCAAGGAUUUUCUCAAUAAGGCAUUUGAGCGAGCUUCUCUAGGAAAUGAAAUAUUAUGCCCUUGUAGAUUGUACUUUAAUCGCUAUUGGCAUUAUCGAGAUGUGGUGGAGGAUCACUUAUUUGGUCAUAGAUUUUCUCCUAAUUACACUCAAUGGGUUUUUCAUGGAGAAGGAAUUUCAUCAACAAAUAUUCCACAUCCAAGUCAUGAAGGGCAUGAAGGAGUAAGCCAGGGACUAUCUGAUCACAAACAUGAUGAUAUUGAUAAACUACUUCAUGAUACUUUUAGAAAUGAAGGAAAACAAGAUUUAUAUCCGGGGUGUAAGAGUUUUUCUAAGCUGAGUUUCACCAUCCGAUUGUACUUGUUUAAAUGCAUUCACGGGCUGAGCAAUGUAGCUUUCUCAGACUUGCUGGACUUGAUAAAAGAGGCUUUUCCAUUUGCUCAGAUUCCCGAGUCUUUCCACAAAGCAAGAAAGGUGAUAAGAGAUUUGAGUCUCAAUUAUGAAAAAAUUCAUGCAUGCCCUAAUGAUUGCAUGUUGUUCUGGAAUGACAAUGCAAAUCUCGAUAAUUGCGUUGUGUGUGGGUCUUCUAGAUGGAAGAAUGUUCUUGAUGAAUUGACUAAUAAGACCAGUAAAGUUCCGGCAAAGGUCUUAAGAAUCAAAGAUGGAAAUUUAAGACAUCCUGCUGAUGGAAAAGCUUGGCAACAUUUUGAUUCCAUGUAUCCUGACUUCGCAAAACAUAUUCCUAAUGUUAGAUUGGGUCUUUUAAGUGAUGGUUUCAAUCCAUUCAGAACAAUGAGUAUUUCUCAUAGCACAUGGCCGGUUAUGUUAAUGAACUACAACUUAUCACCGUGGAUAUGUGUGAAGCCGGAGUAUAUUAUGCUAUCAAUGAUUAUUCCUGGUCCCUCAUCUCCUGGAAAUGAUAUUGAUAUAUACUUGCAGCCGUUAAUCGCAGAGUUGAAUGAACUAUGGAAGGUGGGAGUGGAAACAUUUGAUGUUGAAACUAACCAAACAUUUAAUAUGCGGUUAGCUUUAUUGUGGAUGGUUAGUGAUUUUCCAGCACUAGCAAUGCUUUCUGGAUAG